CAACCGCAAUCAUUGCCUUCCCUCCCUCUCGACAUUUCAUCCCAUCCCACCAUGGCAUCGACCAACCCGCAGCUGCAGCAGCGCAGCGGCGCUCAUCAGCCGUACGGCGGUGAAGCAGGCGACACGUCUCGCCAAUACUACUCAGGUCAAGGAGUAGGCUCCGACUCCCUCUCCGACUUUGGCGAGGAGGACGACUUGAUUCCUGACUUUCCCACCGCCGCCGCCACCAACACCGCUACUACUACGACUAGCACGACGGCGGACGAGGCUCAGCUGCACGAGGCGCAGCAGCAACAGCAACAGCAGCAGGCCGCAGCCGCGCUGGCUGCCGUGCCUGAGCAGGUGAGGAAGUACAUCGUCCUCUUCUGGCAGGCUGUUCAAGGGAACAAUCUUGGGGAGAUCAGCAGUGCCUAUGAGGGGAGCUGGAAUAGGUUGACGGAGAAGUUCUAUCAGAGGAGCGAGUGGCCCGAGGCUGAGGUUAUCGCACCCCUCGUAAAUAACGACUCCAAAUUCCUCAUGCUCUACCGCGAGCUCUGGUUCCGUCACGUGUACUCGCGCCUCUCCCCAGACGGCGAAGAUCGCUUCUCCUCGUACGACUCGUACUGUGAUUUCUUCAACCACGUACUCAACUCGGACGGUCCAGUCGCCUUGGAGCUGCCCCCGCAGUGGCUGUGGGAUAUCGUCGACGAGUUCAUCUACCAGUUCCAGUCCUACUCGCAGUGGCGCAACCGCGCAGGGAGCAAGACGGAGGAUGAGCUGCAAUUGCUCCAGGACGGCGGUGUUUGGAGCUCCUACUCCGUCUUGAACGUGCUGUACUCGCUCAUUCAGAAGUCGAGGAUCACCGAGCAGCUCGUCGCGAUGCAGGAGGGGAGAGAUCCGGAUGAGGUCGCGGGAGAGUUUGGGUCAAAGCCUCUUUACAAGAUGCUGGGCUACUUCUCCAUCAUCGGCCUGCUCCGUGUGCACGUCCUCCUCGGCGACUACACCCUCGCGCUCCAAAUGCUCGACCACCUCGACCUAGGCAAAAAGUCGUCUUCCUCGUCGUCGUCGCUCGGCCUCAUCAACCGCGUGACUGCCUGCCACGUAACGGCCUACUACUACGUGGGCUUCGCCUACCUAAUGCUAGGCCGCUACGCCGACGCCAUCAAGAGCUUCACGCACAUCCUCGUCUUCACCAUGCGGCUUCGACAGUACCACACUCGCUCCUACCAGUACGACCAGAUCAACAAGACCGUCGACCGCAUGUACGCCCUCCUGGCCAUCGCGUGCGCUCUCUGCCCCACGCGCCUGGACGAGAACAUUCAGAACACGAUGCGAGACAAGUACGGCGAGCAGUACGCUCGCAUGUCGCGGGGUGCCGGUGGGGCCAUCUCUGGCUCUGGCUCAUCGUCCUCCUCCGCCUCCGCCUCGGACCAAGCCAGCGGCACGGAAGCCCUCUCUGCCUUCGAGGAGCUCUUCCUCUAUGCCUGCCCAAAGUUCAUCACCUCCAACUCGCCCCCUUACCACGACGCCGAGCAGCUCGAGGCCUACGUGCGCCAGCCCAGCAUGGGCGACCCUGCGCAACAUCAGCUGCGCCUCUUCCUCUCCUCUGCGCGUGCUCAGCUGAGUAAUGCUCACAUUCGCUCCUUUUUGCGCCUCUUCACCACAUUGGGUACGGAUAGGCUCGCUUCGUUCCUUGGGGUGGACGAAGAGGAACUUACCGAGACGCUCAUGCUGCUCAAGAGCAGUACGCGCUCCCCUGUUUGGGCUAGUGGGGAGGGUAGCCUCCUCGAUGGUCCCGGGGUGGAGGUGGUCAACACGAGCGAUUUGGACUUUGCCAUUGAGGGGAGCAUGGUGCAUAUUCGUGAGAGUAGGGUUGGGAGACGUUAUGCUGAGUGGUUUAGGAGGAACAGCGUUAGGAUGGCGGAUGUGCUGGGGAGUAUCCAGGGGAAGGCACUGCCUAUCGCUGCUCCUGUGCAGGCGGGCGAGCCGGGCAAGACUGAGCAGCAGCAAGGCAAGACUGGAGGAGCAGCAGCAGCGACCGCGGUCAAUGGUACGACGGGCACGGGGAAGCCUGCGUGGGGAGCAGCUGGCGCGAGGACUGCACCGACGGCUGCGGCUGCCGCGGCUCAGUAG